UAAAACUACGGACGACUCUGUUUCAAUCUUAACAAUCGUUUACCUAUUUUCGAAAUGCAGCAUGGCGUACAGUAUUUUUCUAAUUUUAUUUUUUUUGGGAGCGUGCUUGCUUCAAAUUUCCUUAGAAGCUGCGGUUCCGAAGAAGAAUAAGACAAGACAUAGACGAGUAUACACUUUGACUACAGUUAGAUAUCCGCAAGGUCCGGAAAGACGGUUUGGACCAUAUAACACACCAGGUUACAACACACAUCACUAUGGACCACAUCCCAGACCAGGUUACAGCGGACCACCUUAUUACGGACCAAAUCACAGACCAGGUUACAACGGACCACAUCACUACGGACCACCUUACUACGGACCAAAUCACAGACCAGGUUACAACGGAACACAUCACUACGGACCACCUUACUACGGACCAAAUCACAGACCAGGUUACAACGGACCACCUUACUACGGACCAAAUCACAGACCAGGUUACAACGGACCACCUUACUACGGACCAAAUCACAGACCAGGUUACAACGGACCACAUCACUACGGACCACAUCCCAGACCAGGUUACCAUGGACCAUAUCACAAAGGACCACAUCACUACGGAUCAAAUUCCAGAGACCCUGAGAACUACUACAAAUGGUACGACAGUUACUUUUAUUAUGAUUAUCGUGUUCCACUACAUAAGCCAAAGGGCGAAUUGAGAAAGGAUUUUGGAAUGGGUGCGCAAAUAUUUUUAUCCCAGAUCAUCCCAAUAGUUAAAAAUAUGGUGUUUGGUUUGCAAGAUGAAUCCAAAAACCAGUUUAAAAUAAGAGCGAGACCGUGAACGCCACGUUUGCAGUUUAACUUUGCCAUCAACAAUGUUUAUAGAUCACGAGAACUUACCUAAUCUUAUGGACAUUCAUCCAAAUAAUGACCUCGACAUGUGAAGCUUAACAUUAUACCAGGCUAGAUUUAGGCUGUCUUCCCUUCUGACUUGUUGUCAUACUUUCUGACAUAACUAAAAUACAUAACAUGUAAAUAAACAAAAUUAUA